AUGCCGAGGGGCAGCCAUGAAUACGAGCUUGUCCGUGCGAAUUCCAAGGACGUCCUGGCGGCAAUCGUACAGCGGGAGCGGCUGAACUGGAAACAACGGAUGGAACUACGUCGCUGGAUCAGAAGCACCACCCUAGAGUUCCAAGACAGUUUGCAAAGAAAAGAAAUGACCAAGACACCGGAACCCGAGAAACCUAAGGCGGACCACGCCCGCGAAGAAGAGUCCUUAUCUGAGGAUGAGCGGAGGGCCAAGGCAAUGUACGGCGAUCGCGCUUUGAAAGGGCCUAACGCACUUGACCGCAGUAUCAAGGUGGUGAUUCUCAAUCGGAGACACCACGGGAAAGAGCUUCAAACGAUCGAGCGAUUAACGAAGACGCAGAUCGUAACCGAUGGCGGUCGGCGCUUCCGGCGUCGGGAUGGCCACGGGGUUGGGGACCAAGGUGAUUGGCUCAAGGUUCCUAAUGAAGCGACCAAGAACCUACUGCGAUGGGAAGCCAUGAUCAAAGCAAUCCAACACGCCAUUGGGCAAGGCGCUUUGCGUCAAAUAAGCACCCACGAGUUGGCUGAGAUUCACCGUGUCCUGGUGAGGCGCUUGGAUGGUGGCUUUCGGCGCUUGGAUGACGUGAUUGCACUUAUGAGAUCGAUGUUGACUUUGAUUCAGAACGAGGGACUUAUGGUCAGACAAGCUGGUGAAGGACUCGAUCAACUCCAGGCCGGGGACGAAGUGACCGUCUUUUUGAAUUAUGGGGCGGUGGAGGUCCACAAGAUCGAUCGGGUCACGAAGACGCAAAUCGUGAUCGGCGGUUGGAAGUUCCGUAAGAAAGACGGAUUUCGGAUAGGUAACGUUGGCUGGCAUACGGCUCACAUUGAACUGACGACCGAAGAACACCGGUCAUUAAGUCGCCGAAAGAAGUUGAUAUUGGAGGUCCAUCGGCUGGUGGAAUGGGCCAAUCGUCAGAGACUGAAGCAAAUGACCGACGCCGAACUCACCGAGGUGAAGGUCACCCUCAAGAUGAUUGAAGAUCGGAUCAAGGCCGACGACAGCGAGUAA